GCUGGCGCCGUGUGUUUGAGAGAGAGAAAUUAAGGUUGCAGUUCGUCUUUGAAAAAGGAAAAGAGAAGAAAAUUGGAGUUGAAGCUUGUAGGCUACAAGGGACACCAUCACCGCAAUUGGGGAAGCAUUCAGUGGAUCCAUUCCACUCCAUCACUCAUUCUGAACCAACCAACUAACUACUCUCACACUGCCAUGUUCCGCAGGUCCAUUUUCGAAAUAUCAUCUCGCCCAACGCUUAGAAGACAUUUUAUAAACCAGACAACUUCACAUCUGGCUUCACGAAAGAAAUUCUCAACUGCGUCAAAACCAGGUGGUGCCUCAGCUCCUAGUUCGGGCACGCCACCUGAAUCUCAUGGCUCUCUAUCAAAGUUUUUUGUUGGAAGUGUUGCUGUCAGUGCUGCUUUUCUGGCAGCUUAUCAAACGGGUUAUUUAGAUCAAUUUCUUAAGGAGGAGCAGCAUAGUUUUCCCCAGGAAGCUCAGAUCAAUGCUGAUGCUGGAGAUUUAAAGGGUGUGCAACAUUCAAUAGACCAGUUAGUUUCACCGGGUGAGAAAUUUAACAACGAAAGUCCUGCUGUAGAGCUUGCAGAGAAGAAUAUUGAUGCCCAUCUUUCACAGCCAGAAGUUGUAGAAGAAAACAAAGGUGGUAAGCAGAUUCCUGUGCAAGACAAGUUUGAUAUUGCUGAAAAUGGUACUGCUGCUUCCAAAGAAAACCAAUUGCCCAAAUAUCCUCAAAGCAGUCUAACAUCUGAUGAUACAAGUAAAGAGUCUGUGAUACAAUCAGAUGGGAUUGUUGGGAGAAAAAGCAUAGAGGCAGAUGUUGUCCCAACAGUGGAAGAGGGACUUCAACAUACAACCACAUCUACACAGACCAGUGUAGUUCCCAAUGAGAAUGAGAUGAAAAGUAUUCAACCAGAGCAUCAGGAAAUACAAGAAAUAGGUGAGAGAAGCGAGAGUGCAUUACCCAAAGUUAUAGAACAACAACCUACCCUUCUUGAGGAAUAUCACUUAAGGAAUAAUUUGGAAGGAAGCCCUGCAACGUUGUUAUACAGUCAUGGCUUUGCUAAGAACAGCCAUUUGCCGGAAGAACCAGAGGAACUUAUUGGUGCAACGGGGGAGUUGAAAGAUGGUUACUUGUCUAAGGAUGGGAAACUGGUUCUUGAUUUCUUGCAAGCCAUCCAUGCUGCAGAGCAGAGGCAAGCUGACUUAGAUGCACGUGUUUUUAAUGAAGAGAAAAAAGUGUUGAAGGAAAAAUAUGAAAAGAAGUUGAAAGAUGCAGCUGCCAGAGAACUUAUGCUUGCUGAAGAAGCUGCAAUGUUGGACAAGGAGCUAAAAAGAGAGAGAGCAAAAGCAGCCCUUGCUAUCAAGUCACUUCAGGAAAAGAUGGAAGAGAAAUUGAAGAUUGAGCUUGAACAAAAGGAAAUUGAAGCAGAAUUGAAGUUGAAAAAGUCUGAGGAAUUAGCAAAGGCAGAGUUAAAUGCAGCCAUAGCAAAUGAGAAGGCAGCCCAAAUUGAAAAAAUGGCUGAAGCAAAUAUUAAUAUAAAUGCCUUGUGCAUGGCAUUUUAUGCUCGAUCUGAAGAAGCUCGACAAAGUCAUGCUACACAAAAUUUUGCUUUGAGAGCACUUGCACUGGAAGAUGCACUGUCAAAAGGAUUGCCAAUCCAGACAGAAAUAACAUCUUUGCAGUCUUAUCUUGAAGGCAUAGAUAAAGAUUCAGUUUUGGAUUUGGUACUGUCAUCCCUUCCUGAAGAGACACGAAACAGUGGUACAGACACACAACUGCAGUUGAAGCAGAAGUUUGAUGCCUUAAAAGGUACACUACGACACUUCAGCUUCUUCCCUCCAGGAGGGGGAGGUAUAUUGGCACAUUCUUUGGCACAUGUAGCAUCCUGGUUGAAGGUUAGGGAAGAUGACCAGUCAGGUGAUGGGAUUGAAUCUGUCAUUAAUAAAGUUGAGAGUUAUUUGGCUGAAGGAAAACUUGCUGAAGCAGCAGAUUUUCUAGAAGAAAGUGUCACAGGCACACAAGCUGCAGAAAUUGUUGCAGGUUGGGUGAGGCAAGCAAGAAACAGGGCCAUUUCUGAGCAAGCUAUGAUUCUUCUUCAAUCUUAUGCUAAUUCUCUUAGCCUUACAUGAUUCUCCAAUUUUGAAUAUUUACAAAACCAUGUUGAUUCAAUACCUAAGGUUGCAGAGAUUGUCUGGCUCUACCGAGGAUGCCAACGGGAAUUACCCAAAUUAUUGACCUACGACCAAAACAAAUUAACCUUUUUCUUUCAUAGCAGCUGAAAUUUGUUGUUUUUGCGAUUUCUAUUUAACUCCAAUGGCUUUGGAGUUUGGACUGAAGCGAUCUGAGGCUCUGUACAAUUUUCCUUUUUCUUUUCUCUGAAUAACGAAAACGUUGCAUUGCAACCUAUUGAGAUUUUAAUAAUAUAUACCGGGCAAUCAGGACAAGGCUGGACGUAAAAUGUGUAUUCUU